UUUCAGAAUCUACAUGGCAAUACACUAACACAUUUUGAACUCAGACUUCACAACUUCUUUGCAGUAGGGGAAAAUACAACGGACUCCCUUCUACGUGGAAUUGACUGGAAGCUGAAUUAGUCAACAGGUAGUCUUGGAAACCUCUCAUCUCAUUCAUCCUGCUUUGUCCAGGAUGAAGACUGGGACAGAAGACCUGGACCACUUCCAAGAAAAACUGUGGGUCAUCAUAGGUCUGCAGUUCGUUUUCGCCGUUUUGGGGAAUGGCUUUACAAUCUACCACUUUGUGGCUUGGGAACGCACCUGGCAUCCUGGCAUCAUCUACUCCUUCAAUCUGGCACUCUGUGACCUGUUCUAUGCCAUCUCCUUGUUGCCCUUGGCUGCUUACUACUUCCCCCCCAAGGACUGGAAGUACGGCUCCCCUUUGUGCAAAUUGGAUCGUUUUGUCUUUUUUGUCAACUUGUACGGCAGCACCUUUUUCAUUGCAUGCAUCAGUCUGAACCGCUACGUUGCCAUCGUCCAUCCCUUCUUUGCCCAUGAGCGCAUCGAACCCUUCCAUGCCAAAGUUGCCAGUGGAGUGAUAUGGUUGUUCGCGAUAGCCAUCUCGUCCCCUGUCCUUCAUUUCUCCAACAUAGAAUCUAAAGGCAAUGCAACAGUUUGCCUAGGAAGUGCUUCUAUGUCAGAAUUGCCUGCUUAUUGGCCUUACAGCUUGUUCCUCCUAACGGUGGGCUGUGGACUGCCUUUUCUGCUGACUCUCUUUUCUUGUGUGGCCAUUGUUUGCGCUGUUAGACGCAGCCAUGGUACCACCAGGGAGGAAAAGUGUAAAGUGAAGAUACUGAUUUCUACAGUUGUGCUCCUUUAUGCCCUCUUUUACUUGCCUUUUCAUGUCUUCCGCAACGUGAAUAUUUAUUACCGUGGGACGGGCAACAUGACCAUUUACAUCACCUACCAAAUAACUAGGAUCCUAGUUAACUUUCAUGUUUGCAUCCACCCAUUCAUCUAUGCAGCUCUAGCUAAGAACAUGCCCAAAUGUUGCUGUAAAGGAUUACAGCGACAGAAAAAGCUGCAAGAAAAAGAGAAGAAUGUGGAAUUGCAACUAGCCCCCUCCUAUGGCCACUGAAACCAAUGAUGAAAAUACAUUUGUCUACUAGUUAGUUUUGCUAUUUACUGACAAUCUGCCCACUGCAAUAUAUUUUCUGCUAAAGGUAAAGGUUUCCCUGUCAGUCAUGUUAGCUCUAGGGCACUGUCAUCUCCAUUUCUUGGCUGAAGGAGCUACUAUUAUCUGAAGACAAUUUCUAUGGUCAUGUGGCUAGCAUGACUAUACGCUGAGGUGCACGGAACAUUGUUACCUUCCCACCAAAGUGAUACCUAUUUAUCUAUUCACAUUUGCAUGCUUUCAAACUGGUAGAUGGGCAGGAGCUGGGCAAGUAAUGGGAGCCCAUCCCAUUGCACAUAGCUCGGGUCUUGAACUCAGGAGCUGACAAGCUCAGCAUCUUUAACUGCUGAGCCAUCAUGCCACCUGCUAUUUUCUACUACUUUCCCAUUAUUUAAAGGAACCAGACAAGGAUGUUCACUUUCACUCCUGCUUUUUGAUAUUUAUGUGGAACCCCUGGCUUGUGCUGUUGGACUAAAUGGAGUAGCACAUAGUUGAACAUAAGCUGGUUUCUUUAACAUUAUAACAUAGUGCAAAUUUCAAUCCUUUCAGCCACAUAUUUUCCCACUCUUCCAUCUGUAUAUUAUAACCAUAUUUUAAUUCCACUUUUUCAUACAUUCAUUUGUUACGUUCCAAAUGUCAGUAAAUGUUUAUAUAUUUUAACAAGCACAUGUUCAUUAUUUGUACACAAUUCCAUUUCACACAAUAUUCAAUCAUUAUGUUAUUUUAAAUGUUUAUGAUAAAACUAUUUA